GCAGACUUGGCCGGACAUUUCUCCUGCGAUCAUUGGUGCGGAUAUAAAAUGACACGCCGAUCAUUUGUCUUGGGUUUCAUCGGGACUGCCGUGAUGACAUUUAAUUGAAACGUGUGCUGGGCUUGCCUUGCGUAGGUGGCGAAUCGAUGGCUGAGAUAUAUCUGACCAACUGAGAAUUCCGACAACAAUGAUGGGUGCGGCUGUAGCGCUUCAAGUCCUUCUCGCGCCGCAGUUGGUUUCCAUAGAACAAUCACCAUCCCAGCAGGCGGCUAUCUCCGUCAAAGCGUCAAUCGAAAACCCUUCAAAUGUGCCGGUAACUAUGCUCAAGUGGGGCACCCCGUUCGAUCCUAAAGCCGGCAUUCUCGGAGUUUUCAAUGUUCAGGAUGAGACAGAUGGUCAGGCUGUGCCCCUCGACACUAUCAAGAUCUCCCGCAAGCUGCCUCCUGCUGCGGACGACCUCCUUGAGAUCUCCCCACAGAGUACAGUGGACACUGUCGUCACCCUGCCGCCCAUGCCUCUCAUGGCAGAACAUAAUUUCUCGAUUCGUGCCCAGGGAAGAUGGCAUGCAGUGUGGGAAUCACCUGUGAGCGAUGUCGAUGGUGCCAAGCUUGAACAGCUAUCAGACGCGAAACGGGGGGACUUCGAGUCAAACACCGUUCAGUUCCAAGUCAAAUGAGUGCUAUCAGGCAUUUGCUCUUGCUGUGAAAUGAACUAUAUGUACUGCUCGUUACGCCUUUCUCGUUAUUCGAUGCUCAGUCAAACACAGGUUAAAUGAAUCAUUAUUCUUGUAUUAUAUCCAAAAUACAUAGUCAAACGUUAGACAGAUCUUAAGCCAUGCUGGAUAGUGAGACCCCUAACCCUUGCGCUCGCAUUUGCGCUCCUCUCCGAUGAUAUAUAUCGAGACCAUCAUUAAAUCG